UGCAAAACAAAAAACAAAUUGGUCAAUUCGAGACUCACAACUCACACGUUGCAGUUUUAUUGGCAUUGGACGAGGUCGAUAAGUGAAAGCAAAGCGCAAGCCCCGAGACUCCCGAUUCGUUUGCUAUGUUCAGGGUCAGACCGCUCCUCCCCUGGAUACGAAGCUCUCUGCAAACGACCUUGAAACUCCAAACAGAUACAUCACAACCCGAGUCGGUCCGUCGGAGCCUGCGACUCCCGCACAUCGGUUGUCCCAGUCGCACCGUAUCAGUGAGCAACCAGCAGCAGUGCUUCAGGGGAAUGGCCACCGGUGGAGAAGCAUCCAAGGAGGAGACCGCCAAGGUGGAGGAGGCACCCAAGGAGGAGGUUCCCAAGCAGGGCAAUCGCCUGGUCGCCUCCAAGUCGCCGUACCUUCUGCAGCACGCCUAUAAUCCAGUCGACUGGUAUCCCUGGGGCGAGGAGGCCUUCGAGAAGGCCCGAAGCGAGAACAAGCUCAUCUUUCUCUCGGUGGGCUACUCCACCUGUCACUGGUGCCAUGUAAUGGAGCACGAAUCCUUCGAGAACGCCGAAACAGCGGCCAUUAUGAACCAGAACUUUGUGAACAUCAAGGUGGAUCGGGAGGAGCGUCCGGAUAUCGACAAGGUCUACAUGCAGUUCCUGCUAAUGACCAAGGGCAGCGGUGGAUGGCCGAUGAGCGUGUGGCUGACUCCUGAAUUGGCUCCCAUUGUGGCGGGGACUUACUUCCCGCCCAAAUCCCGCUACGGAAUGCCGUCCUUCAGCGCCGUCCUGAAUUCCAUUGCCAAGAAGUGGGAAACGGACAAGGAAUCCCUCGUGGCAGCCGGAGCCACUUUGAUCGAUGCUCUGCAGAAGAGCCAGGAGUAUGCGGCUGUGGCGGAGGCGGGGGCAGGAAGCGCCAUGGACAAGCUGGCCGAGGCCAUCAGCGUUCAUAAGCAGCGAUUCGAUCAGAGUCAUGGAGGCUUUGGUGGGGAGCCCAAGUUUCCGGAGGUGCCGCGUCUGAACUUUCUUUUCCACGGCUAUCUCAUCACCAAGGAUCUGGAUGUGCUGGACAUGGUGAUUGACACGUUGGAUCACAUUGGCAGGGGUGGCAUCAAUGAUCAUAUUUUCGGAGGCUUUGCUCGGUAUGCUACCACUCACGAUUGGCACAACGUUCACUUUGAGAAGAUGCUCUAUGACCAGGGACAACUUAUGGUGGCGUUUUCCCAUGCCUACAAAGUGACCAGGAACGAAGCAUUUUUGGACUACGGCGACAAGAUCUACAGGUAUUUGGUUAAGGACCUCAGGCAUCCGUUGGGCGGCUUCUAUGCCGGCGAGGAUGCCGAUUCGUUGCCCAGCCACGAAGCUAAGGUGAAGGUGGAGGGAGCUUUUUACGCCUGGACCUGGGAUGAGAUUGAGGCUGCCUUCAAGGAGAAGGCAGAGCGAUUUGACGAGAUUACGCCCGAACGGGCCUUUGAGAUUUAUGCUUUCCACUACGAUUUAAAGCCACGCGGAAAUAUCCCAGCCUACAGCGAUCCGCAUGGUCACCUGACCCACAAGAACAUCCUCAUCGUUCGGGGAUCGGAGGAGCAGACCUGUGCCAACUUCAACCUGGAGGCGGAUCAAUUUAGGAAGCUCCUUACCACCGCCAAUGAUAUUCUGCACGUUCUGCGCGAUCAGCGACCGCGUCCGCACCUGGACACCAAGAUCAUAUGCGCCUGGAAUGGCCUGGUGCUGUCGGGACUCUGCAAGCUGGGCAACUGCUACUCGGCCCAUCGGGAGCAGUACAUGCAGACGGCCAAGGAACUGCUCGAAUUUCUGCGCCAGGAGAUGUACGAUCCGGAACGAAAGCUGCUCAUUCGGGCCUGCUAUGGUGUGGCUGUGGGUGAUGAAACUCUGGAGAACAAUGAAGUCCAAAUCGAUGGCUUUCUGGAUGACUAUGCGUUCCUCAUCAAGGGCUUGCUGGAUUAUUACAAGGCUACACUGGACGUGGACGUCUUGCAUUGGGCCAGGUCCUUGCAGGACACGCAGGACAAGCUUUUCUGGGACGACCAAAAUGGAGCUUACUUCUUCUCGCAGCAGGAUUCACCCAAUGUUAUUGUGCGGCUAAAGGAAGACCACGAUGGGGCCGAGCCCUGUGGCAACAGUGUAUCCGCCCGCAAUCUCGUCCUGUUGGGCCACUAUUACGACGAGAAUGCCUAUCUCCAGAGGGCCGGAAAACUGUUGAACUUCUUCACCGAUGUAUCGCCCUUCGGACAUGCCCUCCCAGAGAUGUUGUCCGCUCGGCUGAUGCAUGAGAACGGCCUGGAUUUGGUGGCAGUGGUGGGUCCGGAUUCCCCAGACACCCAGCGGUUCGUGGAGAUAUGCCGCAAGUUCUACAUCCCCAGCAUGAUCAUCGUGCAUGUGGAUCCUUCGAAACCAGAAGAGGCCCCUGACAAACGGUUGCAAACCAAGUUUAAGAUGGUCAGCGGCAAGACUACGGUUUACAUUUGCCACGAACGAGCUUGCCGCAUGCCCGUCACCGAUCCCCAGCAGCUGGAGGAGAAUCUCACAUCGUAUUUCUUCUCGAAGCGUGUUUAAAUGCCGAGCGUUGCUCGAAUUAGAUUUUUAGACCAUCUAGAUGUUAUUCAUUGUUGUUUUUUUUUGCGCUUCCAAAGCGAAAAUUAGUUCUCGGAACUAUGUAGUCAUAAGAGGUAGUUAAUAAAGACCCCAAUGGACUUGUGACAGAGUCAAAUAACCCGUAGCUUCUUCCAUUGACAAGUCAGAGACUUUCGCCGCCUGCAUUGCUCCCCUAGAUGUCUACAGUUGUUUGAAGUUGCUGAGUUUAAAGUGACGGAGAACGAAAAUAACCUUAUACAUGUCUAUGAAGAAAAGUUAAUAAAGACGACGGGGGAAACCCUAAA